AGUAAGUCAAAAUUCAUGAUGGAGAUGAGAAAGAAGCGGACGCAGAAAUAUCCAAAAGUAGUUGGAGGGGAUCGGCCAUGGAAGUUGCUUAGAAAAGCUUCGCAUAAUUUCCCGGAAGGAAGUAGAAGCAGCCUCAGUCAGUUUAUGAUAUGGCAGAAUGCAAAUCUUUGAUCCCAGCCAUAGAAGGAGAAGAGCAUGUGAUAGCUGCAGCGCAACACAUAGUAAGGGCAUUAGGAACAAGCAAGAACUUGACAGAUGGCAUGAGAAAAAUCCUGACAGAUCUUGACACCCAGUUGUCCAGCAUGACUGUGCUUACUUCAAGCAAGAAGGGGGAAAUAAGAGAGAUUGAAGAACGCCUCAAUUCUUUUCAGGAGAAGAUCACAAGAUGGGAAUCUGAUCAAUCUAUGAUAUGGGAAACGAGCCCAGAGGAAGCGUCUGAGUAUCUAAAGGCCGUUGAUGAAGUAAGAAGUUUAGCAGAAAGCUUAGGAAGCAUGCCUUCAAAUGAGGAUGCAGAAGUUAACAAGAUCUUAUGUCAGGCCCACAGUGUCCUUCAGAUGGCAAUGGUGAGGCUCGAGGAUGAAUUUGUCCAUAUUCUUGUUUACAACAGGCAACCCUUUGAACCUGAACAUAUGUCCUUCCGCUCUUGUGAGGAAGAUAUUGUGGAUGAGGAAUCAACCAUCUCAGUUGAGGACGACCCAGGUGAGGAUUCCCUUCGAAGAGAUAGUUGUAGCAAAGGUGCAGAAGAAUUCAUCAUAGAUUUGGUCCAUCCAGAUGUAAUUCCUGACCUCAAGUGCAUUGCAAAUGCAAUGUUCAUGUCAAAUUUUGAUCAAGAAUGUUGCCAGGCUUAUAUUAGCAUUCGCAAAGAGGCCUUGGAUGAGUGCUUAUUCAUUCUUGAAGUGGAGAAACUGAGCAUCGAGGACGUGUUGAAGAUGGAAUGGAGUGGUUUGAAUUGUGAUAUCAAGAAGUGGAUCCGUGCUUUGAAGAUAUUCUUCCGAGUGUAUCUUGCCAGUGAGAGACGGCUCUGUGACCAGAUCUUUGGUGAGUUUGGAUCAGUUAGUCCAACUUGUUUUGUGGAGGCAUCAAAGGCUUCAAUUAUGCAGCUCUUGAAUUUUGGUGAAGCUAUAGCAAUUGGAUCUCGCCAGCCAGAAAAGUUGUUUCGGCUACUUGACAUGUAUGAAGUGUUGGCAGAACUUCUCCCAGAUGUAGAUGCUUUGUUCUCGGAUUGCACUGGUUCUUGUGUUGAAUUUGAAUGCCGUGAGGUCCUAAAGAGAUUGGGUGAUUCUAUUAGGGGAACUUUUAUGGAAUUUGAAAAUGCUGUUGGAUCAAACACAUCCACGAAUCCAUUUGCUGGAGGAGGGAUCCAUCCUAUGACCAGGUAUGUCAUGAAUUAUAUCAAGACCUUGACUGAUUACAGUGAUACUCUUAAUUUGGUCCUUGAUGACAAUGAUGGGUUGGAUCUAGCAUCAUCGUUGCACAGUGCAAUUCCAGUUAUAGAAGAGGAGAAAGAGGCUGAAAGCUCUUCUUACAGUGCCUCUCCAAUGGCUCACCAUCUUCAAUCUGUCACUUCAAUUCUGGAAACCAAUCUUGAUGGUAAAUCCAAGUUGUAUAAGGAUGUAUCUUUGCAACACUUCUUCUUAAUGAACAACAUCUGUUACAUGGUUCAAAAGGUUAAGGACUCUGAACUUGGGACCUUUUUUGGGGACAACUGGGUCAGACAGCACAAUUGGAAAUUCCGGCAGCAUGCAAUGAACUAUGAGAGAGCUGCAUGGAGUUCUGUACUCUCUUUACUCAAAGAUGAGGGGAUCUGUAAUCCAGGUUCAAGCUCUGUCUCGAAAACACUUCUCAAAGAGAGGUUUAGGAACUUCAAUCUCGCAUUCGAGGAGGUUUACAAGAACCAGACGGGGUGGGUGAUCCCAGAUCCCCAGCUUCGAGAUGAUUUACGGAUCUCGUUAUCACUGAAAGUGAUCCAGGCAUACAGAACAUUCAUGGGAAGACAUGCCAGUCAUCUGGAUGGUGGGCGACAAAGUGACAAGUAUAUCAAGUACAGUGCAGAUGAUCUGCAGAAUUACCUCUUGGAUCUCUUUGAGGGUUCACCAAGAUCAUUGCACAACCCACGCAGGAAGUAAAACCUGUUAAUGUUGAUUUUUUGCAUUUCCUUUUCUUGUACCUGUAUGAUUAGAUUUUUCUUAGUGUUCAUGUCCAAUAAAUAACCUGGACAUGAGUUUGUUGUUUUUUUAUAUAUAUUUUUCAUCAUCAUACAAGUUCAUAGACUCUCGUGAAAAAUAUGGUCGUUGUAAAAUUCCUUUGUACUUUUCUUUUUGCAAUGUAUAAAUUGGGGAUAUAGGCAUUAUUUAUUUAAGCCUGCUUUUUUGUCCAUUGGA